AUAGGAGCUCCCCUUACAGCUGUCACACAAAAUUAGACCCCCACACAGUCGCACUGCAGCUUCCAGCAGGACAGCUGAGACAAACACUGCAGGAGAUGGACCCGAGUCACAGAACCAGUCUUUACUUUGGAAGUUGUACAAAAUGCAGUGAAGCAGUGUACGGAGCGGGGAGAGCCUGCCGGGCGAUGGGACAUUUAUUCCACGACGCAUGUUUCACCUGCAGCGUUUGCAGUAAGAAGCUGAGUGGUCAACCGUUCUACACAGUGUCGGGAGGAAUCUACUGCGAAAAUGACUUUUUGUACUCAGGAGUUCAUCCAACCGCAGAGAUGUGUAACAGCUGUGGGUAUUUGAUCAUGGAUAAUGUGGUCCUGCAGGCUCGUGGGAAGUCCUACCAUCCGUCCUGCUUCCGCUGCGUCGUCUGCAGCCAGGGCCUGGAGGGUCAGCCCUUCUCUGUGGACGCAGACAGCCGGGUUUACUGUGUCAGCGACUACCACAGGGUCCGGGCCCCCUGCUGUGCCGCCUGCAGAACACCGAUACUGCCGACUGAGGGGUCUACAGAGUCUAUCCGAGUGGUGGCAUUAAACAGAAGUUACCAUGUGGAGUGUUACAGUGGUGACGUGAACCUCAUGUGAGGACAGACUCAGGCUGACACACAUCUCCCUGCUGCUCUUUGUUUAUACAUGUAAAUAGUUUAUUUAUCAGUCAGUUAGUGGUUAAACCAUUUUUGGUCUGAAAUAAAAUCCCCA